ACUGUUCUUCUGCUUUUUCCAGGUAUCGAGACACCCAGCUUAAUCCAUAUCGACACAGAAGGACAGGCUAACCCAACAGAGUGAACCUAGAAACCUGUGUCAGGAAAAAUAUAAAGCCAUGUUCCAAGCUAAGGGCCCAGCCGGUACUGCCUCCACACAUGAGGCCAAAAGUGACUCGGGAACACCCACUGUGCAGAGAUCCAAGUCAUUCAGCUUGAAAGCCCAGGUGAAAGAGUCAUGCAGCGCCUGCCAGAAGACAGUCUACCCCAUGGAGCGUCUGGUGGCUGAUAAAUUUGUUUUCCACGCCACCUGCUUUUGCUGCAAGCACUGCCAUGCGAAGCUCAGCCUGGGCAGCUAUGCAGCUCUUCAUGGAGAAUUCUACUGCAAGCCACACUUCCAACAGCUCUUCAAGAGCAAAGGCAACUAUGACGAGGGUUUUGGGCGCAAGCAGCACAAGCAGCUGUGGUUGCAGAAAGAAGUGCAAGCUGGGGCUGAGACAGCAUGACUCGCCAGGUCCUCUUUCCCUACCGUGAGGGCCUUGGCAGGGGGGUGAACUGAGCUGAUGAGGGGGCAGGCAAGGCUGCUGUGAGCAGGAAGGGCUCAGCAUGGUGGAUGCCAGUGGGUUGAAUGACUUGGGUGAUUGUAGGCCCUGGUGCUCCAUGGGUAAAUCCAAGAACACCCCCCCGCCCCCCAAGGACUGGGUGGCCGUGGAGAAAAUGAAGGCUUUGUGCCAAUCAUGCAGGAACAGGCACAGGCUGUGAGCACUGGUGAGAUAUAUGCCCUCGAUGUGGAAUUUAUCUCCUUUGGCCAGAACUCAUGCCAUGGCUUGCACAGAUGUCUCCCUUCACUGUCAGAACCCACUCUGGUAACCCAGCCAUACACACUUUCCACAAACCUGCUAACACAGCUGAAUUUGGUGAGUUGACAAGUUACUCUGUCUCUUGCCUCUGAAUGAUAGAACUUCUGGAAGGUUCUAGGUGAACACCAAGCUUGCCAGAAUCCUCAGUUCAAAAAAGAUUUGCAAUCUUAUUAAUUCUAGCAGUUGUGACAGGUCACUUUCCAUUCUGAAUGUCUUGGGUCCAGAAGCCCUGCUUCCAGAAGGACAUUUUACAGUAGGAUAGGGAACAUUUGUCCCAGGGUAUAACUGGAAGGCCUUUGAUAUAACAAACUUGCGGAAGUUCAGCAGAGCCUGGGAAUUCUGUAAAUACUAUCUGGAAUUCCGUGGUCUGUAAGUGACAUUCUGACCUUAGUAAAAAACAUGUGCUUUCACUUUUCUCCCUUGGUGAACAGACCUAAAGAAAGGGAUGGGUGUGUGUUUGUGAUAAUACAACAUCUGGAAUCUUCUACACACCAUAUGCAAAAGUGAUGGUAAAUUGGGCCAAGAAAUAUGAUUCUAAACUUUGCAUUCUCAUUUACAUCAGCUCAGCUCUGCCCAAAUAUUCAGCCUUAAACCCCGGGAAGCACUUGCUGGCCUUUUAUAUUUGCCUUUUUGAUGAUAUGUGAUAAGCAUGAACAUGUGUUAUGGCUAAAACCUCAUGGUUUGCUCUUUUUUUAAAUAUUAUUUUUGUAAUACAGGUUUUUUGAACAUUUCUUGUUACAUGUUGUUUUAUUAAAAGGUUUGAGAACAGGGGCAGCAAGUUUGCAGCUGGUUAACAGAUUUUCCAUACAUCAUGAAAUGGGGGCAUUAAUACAGCAUGAGAGAACAGAAGCUAUCAUAUUUGUUAAUAAGUUCUAAUUUUACAUGUCAUUUUAGGACUGAAGAACCUUUGAGAAGAGUUAAAAUGUUUAUUAAUUCUCUUGUGUACCAAAAAGCAUGGAUAUUGUAAGAUUGCCUUCCUUAACUUCCAUGCCAUUUAAGGAGGGAAUGUAGUCUACUACAGAAAGAGGUAAAGAUAAAAAUAGAAAUAAU